GUGUGUGUGUGUGUGUGUGUGUGUGUGUUGGUUUUUGUGGUUUACAAGGACUUUUGACCUGAAUACGCACCAGCAUUACAGGGACAUUUGGGUUUAUGAGGACAGGGCCCAUGUCCUUAUAAUUCCGACAGUGUAGAUGCCUUUCUCUAUGUCCCAGAAGCUCCCUCUCAAAGUUUCGCGCCAUGUCCUAAUAUACCACAAAAAUCUGAAAUUUUACUAUACACUGUGUAUCCUCUGAGCUCGGGAGUGCGCCCCUGCAGCCCGGCCCCGGUACUGCAUCCGCGUCAUCGAAAAUUUGCAUAUUUUACACUUGUGUAAGUUUGGAGGCCGCUGAUUGGCUAGAUCGGCAUCGGAAGGCGGGAAAACAAAAUGGCGGCGGUGGGCGGGGCUACAUUCUGCCGCUAAUAGCGCCGUACAACGAGGCAAGUGUGACUGUUUGUAACUUCCUGUUUGGACCGGACACAAUCUGUGCACCUGAAGCGAAGACAUCUGUGGUGUGAAGCUGUUGGAAACAACUAUUAUAUGAAAGCUGACACAUAGGAUGGCUGAAGGUGUGAGGCGAAGGAGAAAGCUGAAGCCCGUGGAGGAGGCCAUACAGUUUUCACUUGAACAGAAAGACAAGAAUGGACUCGAGGGCAGGUUCAUCAGUCAUCUUAAAGGGAGGGGUGUGUUCAGCUGUACUGACUUUGAGAAAGGAGAUUUCCUGCUGGAAUACAGAGGAGACCUCAUCAGCAAAGAAGAAUGUGAGCGGAGGCAAAGAAUAUAUCACGAUGCACUUAAAGUUUUCAUGUUUGAGUUUCGCUACAAUGGAAAACUCCUCUGUGUCGAUGCAGCCCGAGAUGACGGUUCUCUUGGGCGGCUUGUAAACGAUGACCAUAUUAACCCAAACAGCAGGAUGAAGACGAUUCGUGUGGAUGGAAAACCUCACUUAUGUUUAUUUGCCACAAGGAGCAUCUGUCCUGGUGAAGAGAUCACAUAUGAUUAUGGUGAUUCUGAGUGGCCAUGGAGAUGCACGACUCUUAGUGUGGUUGAACCGUCCACUCUUGAAGUCAACACACUGUCCCAGUCAGAAGACACAGACGUAGAGAAGCUGAAAGUUGUCAGUGAUCAGUCAGAGUUGGACUUCAGUAUCUGUGCAGCCUCUGAAGGACUGGAAAAGGUGACUCUGAAGAAGGACCGGUUACUAUUGGAUGAUCAGGACUGUGUUGAGAAGAUGUCACCUGUCAAAGAGCAUGUGUUGAAUGAGGAGCAGAGCUUUUGUGCCCCAGUUGAAGGAGUUAAGGAGGUCUGCAGACAUGUUGUGGUCACUUCAGCAAUAUCAAGCAUGGAUAAAUGUGCUGAAUGUGUGGGACCUGUUGCAGCUCUCAAGUGGAUUGGCCUGAGAUGUAAAUUGUGCUCCAGUUUUUGGCAUAAGUCCUGCUAUCUGAAGCUUCAUGAAUGGGAUGGAAGACGGUCAUCGUGUGAAGUAAGUUCAGAGGAAGAUGAGCUGUCAGAUGAGGAUUACAUACCUCAGUCAGAGUCAGACCAUCAGUCAGACAGUUCAGAUGAGUUGACAACAAGACCAGCACGUUACGACCAAGCUAAACUCUUAGAUAUACAGGAAGCUGCGUCAUCUAAGUUUAGUGAACAUCUGAGAUCAGAUGUAACUACCCUGAAUGUGUCUAAGGGCAAAGGAAAAGGAGUCCUGAAGGUCAUGGAAGCAGCAAGUGUGUAUGAUGAGUCUGAUUUAAUGUGUCAUGAGGAGCAGUUUACUGAUUUUGAGACAGACAGUGAAUCAGACUUUCCCAGAAAGCAAGGCUCAGUGGUAUGCAGGUCAACAGAUGUGCUUAUGUCAUCACCUCAAUCACACAAUAGUAAGCUUUUGAAUUCAAAAAGCACAGUAACAUUGAGAGAAGAGAGGGAACGCAGCAUGGCUGGAGGUGAUCAUUGUGUGCAGUCACCAAAAAUCUCCUGUUCAGCAAAUAGGAAGAAUUAUUGUUACAUCUGUGGCAAACCUCAGUCCAAGUUAGCGCGCCAUUUGAAAACUCAUAUGGCUGAAGUUGAAGUUGUUCAGGCUUUGUCAAAGCUACUGUUAGCCAUGGAAAAGGGCUGUCUUCCUAAUCUUCAAGGCAAAUCCCUUGAUGACAUUGAGAUUGAAGAUGAGAUCAUCAUGACCGAUUCUGAUGACAGUGAUCCUGAAGAAAGUGAAUCUGAUGAUGAGGCUCUUGCUGGAGCUGCGGGAAACUCCAGUAAUGCUGGUGUUCAGAAGAUGCCCAUUGAGAGCACCACUGAACUUCCUGAAGAGAGUGAGAGUGAGGCAGAAACUGAAAACCCACGGAGAGGGCAGAAGGUGUCCUGGUCAAACGCUGAAGUUACAGCUGUAAUGAAACAUUUUGAGGGCCACAUAGCUAAAGGAAAACUGGCCACACUGACUGAAUGCCAGCAGUGUAAAUCUGCUGAGGAUCCUGUUUUGGUGAGACGCAGUGCACAGAACAUAAGGGAUUUUGUAAGAAAUCGAGGAAUUAGCUUAAAAAGGAAAACCCAAAGCAAGUGAUGUUACAGUACAUUUUGUGUGUUCUUGAUGCCAUUCAAUUAACAUUAGCACUUUGGCUGUUGUUUUUAUUUCCCAUAGUGCAAUACUGUUAUGCCAGCAAUUCAUACGAAUAUCUCCUUGUAGAAAUCGAGGUUGACUGUUAGUUUGUCAAAAAUUACAAAAUUGUGUCAAUUUCUCAUUGAUUUUUGGAUGACCUGUCCCUUAAAGAGAAUUUAACUUCCAGAAUGAAAACUGUCAUCAUGUACUCACCCUCCACUUGAUCCGGACCUGCAUCAGUUUCUUUCUUCUGUUGA